AUGUCUUCAUCCGCUAGCACUCCGGCUCUUUGUGUCAAGAAUUGUGGCUUCUACGGAUCUCCGGCAAAUCGUAAUCUCUGCUCAAAGUGCUUCCAAGACUUUCUGAAACAAGCUAUACUACCGUCCGAAUCUGACGAGAUUGAUUCCGUAACUUCCUCUGUGAAUCAGGUCUCUUUACAUGAUGAGAAGGAUCAUGUUGUUGUUGAUGAUAGUUCCAUGGUGAAAAACAAACCUAGUCGUUGCUUGUGUUGCAAGAAAAAGAUGGGAUUGCUAGGGUUUGCAUGUCGUUGUGGAGGCAAGUUUUGCAGCAUGCAUCGAUAUCCGGAGGAGCAUUCAUGCCCCUUUGAUUAUAAGACGAUCGGACGUGCUGCUCUGGCCAGGGAAAAUCCUUUAGUUAAGAAUGAUCGGUUGGGGGAGAGACUCUAA